AAUUUGCAAAAAAGCAAAUCAAAUCAAAAUCUAAAAUGUCUUGUUUCCCUGUGUUGCUUUGCGGUAUUUAAUUUUAUUGAGAGGUGUUUUUCUAUCAGAGGAAAAAAUAGGAUAGAAAGGCAUUUCGUGUAAAGAGAGAAAAGAGAUUUUCUUAUAAAUGCCGUGACAAAAGCAGCCAAGAUGAGUAAAAUGUCGAAGAAUAAGUUGAAUCUGACCCUCCCUCCAGGGUCCAUUGAUACAGCACCGGCGGUCACUCCGUCUAAUAUGACUCCACAGUUAAAAUCUGCCACUGCUUCAGAGCGACAGGGCCUUGCUGGUAAGUCCAAGACCAGUAUUGAGGCCCUGACAGAACGGUUGGAACAGAUUGAAAUGGACGACACUCAAAGGAGGAGAAUAGAAGUGUUUCUUUGUCAAAAAGAAAAGAUUGGAGAGCUUAGUGAUGAUGAUUUUGAGAAGCUCGGUGAAUUAGGUCAAGGCAAUGGUGGAGUGGUGAUGAAAGUUCGGCACAAGUCCACUGGCCUCAUCAUGGCUCGCAAGCUGAUACACCUUGAAGUAAAGCCAGCUAUUAAGAAACAGAUCAUCAGAGAACUGAAAGUUCUCCAUGAAUGCAACUUUGCACAUAUUGUGGGCUUCUAUGGUGCAUUCUAUAGCGAUGGAGAAAUUUCCAUAUGUAUGGAGUAUAUGGAUGGCGGCUCUCUUGACUUGAUAUUGAAGAAAGCGGGCAGGAUUCCUGAAUCAAUUCUAGGAACAAUAACAUCGGCUGUCCUGAAAGGUCUGAGCUACCUCCGAGACAAGCACGCCAUCAUGCACCGGGACGUGAAGCCUUCCAACAUUCUGGUUAACAGUAACGGCGAGAUCAAGAUCUGUGACUUCGGUGUCUCUGGCCAGCUCAUCGACUCUAUGGCCAAUUCUUUUGUGGGCACCCGGAGUUAUAUGUCUCCGGAGCGUCUGCAGGGCACGCACUACUCAGUGCAGUCUGACAUCUGGUCUCUGGGGCUGUCGCUGGUGGAGAUGGCCAUCGGCAUGUACCCCAUCCCGCCGCCUGAUGCCAAGACGCUGGCAGCCAUAUUCGGUGGACAGAAUGAGGAUCACUCACCUGGCCAAGCACCAAACUCCCCACGGCCUAUGGCGAUAUUCGAGCUCCUAGACUAUAUAGUCAACGAGCCGCCGCCCAAGCUGCCCGCGGGGAUCUUCUCGGACGAGUUCAAGGACUUCGUCGACCGCUGUCUGAAGAAGAACCCCGACGAGCGAGCCGAUUUGAAGACCUUGAUGAGCCACAGCUGGAUCCGGCAGGCGGAGGCGCAGACGGCGGACAUCGCGGGCUGGGUGUGCAAGACCAUGGACCUGAUGCCGUCCACGCCCAACUCUAACGUGUCUCCUUUUUCUUCAUAAGCUGCAAGAAGUGCAUACUUUCAUCAGCGAAAAAGGGUCAAAACAUUUCCCAAGAGAGAACGGGCGACACAAUCAGUGAAGACGCGGCCGCCGAGGAGUGACCGCGGCGAUGACAGAUACAGACGUCAACUCUAGAUACCAUUGUCAGGCAGGACCACUCCCGCACGUCAUAUGACACUAUUACAUUCAAAUCACUUUACUGUGGGGACCGUACCACGAAGAGACCCAUGGCAAUAUGAGGUACUAUCGAUGAUAAGUUGAUCGCAUUGUUGUUUAUGGGGUCUUCUUUCAUGGUACGGAUUCUAUACAUUUUAAUACAUGUCACACAAAUUCAAAGCACAAUUUGAAACUUAGGUUCGAAUAAGAAAUACAUAUAUAUAUAUAUAUAUAUAUAUAUAUAUAUAUAUAUAUAUAUAUAUAUUACGUAGACGAAUGAAUUUGUUGAAGUAAUUCAUAAUCUAGUUUCAUUUGGUUCGAUCUAGCUACAAAGUAGGUGUGAUACCUGUAUAAAAAAUAGAACUGAAUAUAGUGAGUAGAUAUGUUUCUUUUACAAUUAUAAUGUAGGGUUUGUUUUUGAUCUCAUGGAGUUUAUGAAAAGUACAUUAUUAUCUAUAUUGAAAAUCAAAACUUCCAAAUAUUUGCGUAAAUUAACACAAUAUUUGACGAAUAUACGAGCCUAAAAUUGCCAAAUGAAUAUUAAUUUUUUGUCAUCAUGUAGUACAAAAUGUUUUAUCAUAUUACAUAAAACACAUAAAUCCAUGUACACAUCAUAAUGAACAGAGAUAACAUAUUCAUUAAAUUCAUGACCGCAUUAUAUCAAAAUAAAAUAAAAUUUGUUAUUAUUGUGCUUUGCAUCAAUAACUCGCUAAGUUUUUGUAUACUGUACGAGAAAAAAUACUUAGCUAUAUAGCAUGUUAGAUAAAAGUGUCAUAUGACAUCAUACCACAAUUUUAAUCGAAACAUAUCACAUUAACAUUCUUCGGGAGAUACCUGUCAUCGAAACGAACUCAAAAUUAAAUAUUUAAUUUAUAGAAUUGGCUAAAAUUAAGGUAAAUUUUGUAGGGGUUAUUGAAAACUGUAUUAUGUUACACUUUGAUAUCGACUUACGAUGAUCUGUGCGGUCGCCAGGGAGGAUUGCCGCAGAUAUUAAUCAUUUAUAUAUUUCAUACAGAAAGUACACAAAUCAAUUUAUGACGAUAUUCAAAGUUUAUGAAAUAUUAAAACAAAAGUAUGUUACUUCAUAUAUAUUUCUACUAUCACGAAGUUAUUAUUUGCUGAAGUCAGCGGAACUCUUGGCAAUCGUACAAAGGAAGAAUAGGAACUUUCCUCCUCAUAUACGGGCUAUAUGAUCACGUGAAAGUUGUCGGUGUGAGUAACCGAUACCAAGGUGUCUGAUGAUAGAUAGGGGUUUAAUACUAAAACAUAGUGCAUUCGUGGACGAACUAACGAGGUUUUAUAACGAAAAAAAAUAACAACUAAUCGAUAAAUGGUCAAGUAGAGUUGAUUUCACUAGUCGCAAGUCGAAAAAAAUGUUAGUAGUGUUUUGACAUAUUUUUCUUUGCUGAAAGUGCGUAAUUCAUGUCAGCUGGUACUUGUUAUUUGAAUAUCGAACGUCUGCGUCCGCAGCGCUCGAAGCGCUGGAAUACUCCAACGGCCGUUUUCGAAUUUCGAAUCGGGCGUGAGAGCGUUCCAGAACUGGCCAAAAACAUCUUUGUAAUCUGUAAAAUAGAAUGCAUUUUUAGACAACAAAAAAGGAAAAAAAUAUAAAAAUAAAAAAUGAUAAAAAAUUUGUAGGGUACAUUUUUUAUAUUAUUGACGUGAUGCACUUUUUCCGUUUGGUUUGUUUUGUUGAUGGCUUUGUUUUAGUAAGUCCGCCUUUCGUUUACCCUGUCCCGAGCACCUAGUGUAGUUACCGUACCGCAAUGCUGCUUCGAUAUGUUUGAUUUAUGAAUGAGUGUUGCCAUUAUUUUUACAUUUACGAAGUUCCGAUUCUCAGCGCUUCCAUUUCCCCCCGCUGCAUUGUAUUAUAUAUAUAUAUACAUUAGAAUGACGUAACUGCAAGUGCAGUCAACGUUAACUACAAGUUUGUGUUACUGUCCCGCAUAUUUUCAUGGCAUUUUUAUUUUUGCAUAUAGCCCCGACUUCAUUAUAUUGUAACGAACAACCCAGGUCUUCCUUUUAGUAAUAUAUCCUUUGAGUAUUUCCAUCACAUGUCUCUUAAAUUUUGCAAUGGUUCGCCUUGUUUCUUGUAAGCAUUUAUUUUUAUAUUAGACGCUUUUAUUAUUAGGCAUUGACUAUAUUUAAAAGGUGCUUUAUGUUACUGUUAUAAAUGUGAUUAUUUAAAAUGCGUUACGAUGGAUCAUUACUAUUUUUUGUAUAUUGGUCUACUUGUGUUUAGUAGAUAGGCGUUUAUUUUUUAUUUUAAAGAUAUUGAUAAAUUGUGUGUAAUCAAUGUGAUAGUUUUAAGUUAAUGAAUAUUAAUUAUUAGAGAUUGUAUCCCAAACGGUUUGUCGGUCAGUUUAGGAAGUCUGACUAGGUGUGACAGGUCAUUUUUCUUGACUCAAAUUUUCGAUCUUUAUAAUGCUUUACUUUUGUUUAUUAACGGAACUGGUGAAAAUAAUAAUAUGUAUGUCAGACAUUCGUAUAAAGUGAAUUUUCUGAGCAAAUUUGUAAAUGGAAAUGAAUUUACUAUUUUGAAUUUUAUGGAACGCAUAAUAAUAAAGUGUAUAUAAUAUUAAAGUUCAGUAAUAAACUGUCCGUUAGUCAAAUAUUUUAUUUUAUUGAAUUGUACGUACGAGCGUCAUACAUACGUAAUCAUCUUUCUUGUUAUUAUUUCUUUUAUAUUCUUCGAAAUAAUAGCUUUAUUGAUAUAUAUUUUUAUUUCUACAACUUGUUUUGAGAGAUGGGAUGAAAUGAUUUCAAAGACAUUAAAAAUAAGAUAUUUUAGACAUAGUUACUUUUUAAUUUGCUCAUCAGUUUAUUGGAUCUAUACAGACUUAUACUGCCGCUUUUAAAGUAAAUAUUGACUGAAAAGUAAAGGAGGUCUAUGUCGAAUGCUGGUUUAAAAUUCCUAAUAUGUUACUGAUGUAGUAUAAAUAUAGGGGUUCAUGGAGAACUCGCGACAUUAAAACACCAAUAUUGUAAUUUUAUAUAGUGAUAUUUUUUAAGACUACAAAUUUGGUUUCGAUAUUUCGGUUUUAUUAUUUUUGUAUUAUAAAUGUUUUAAAGAUUAUAAUCGUAAUAAUAUAUUAUAUGUACAUCGCGUCCGAUCUCUAAGGCCUGGCAUGUAUUGGGCACGGAAUUUUGUUUGAAAGCAUUUUUUCUAAUCUUUUCAAAACGUUUUAACAUAGGUUUUCCCCGCAUGUAAAUCUUUAAGUCUGUCUACAAAGAGUAGAAAACGGAUUACGAAUAUAUUGCAAUGGCAAUAAAUAUGCGAACUAUAUUUUUUGCCAUUGCAACACCAAAUGGAAUGGUCAAGAAUGAUUUAUAAACUGUCAGUGUUACCAACCAAGAGCACACAGCGCUGUCAUUUAUUUUCUACUAUUUUUAGACAGUAUGACAGUAUUCAAACACUGAAACACUUUUUCUUGUUCAGUGUUUGAUUUUUCUUUCGUAGUAGCCCCUUGUCACGUGACUAAUUUAACUUGGUAAGUCAUAAGUUAAAUGUAUUAAAAGAGCAUAAUACGUGCCCGGCCUAAUUUCGAAUUUUCACAUACGUCUAAGUGUAACUAAAUAGAUUAAUGGUAUUAUUUUAUAGAUAGCUUCUUUGUAGGUAGAAACUUAUGUACAAAUAAAUGUUAAUUAAACGA